GAGACCAGAGCAGCAUUCAUGUAGGGGAGCUGGUGGCCGUUUCAUGCUGAACGUCUAUCAAUCACCUGCACCACUGUGGUCCUGCGCAGUUUUCUGGGCAGAAAGAAGCAGCAGGGGGAGGGAUGAGACGUGGGAGAAGAAGAGGGAAAAUGGCGAUGGAGGGGCCUAGGCAUCAACCGCCUACCCUCGUCCCAUUGCUGAUGAGCGUGACGGCUGUGUUGAUCUCACACCACAUCUUCAACGCCGCUGCACAGAUACCAGACCCUGAGCUUCUGCCAACAGACCCUCCAAAAAAGCCAGAUCCAGUCACUUCAGAAUCAGUGGUGUUUUGGGGCCUUCGAUUAUGGCAGGUUGUAGGCAUUUUCUCCAUGUUCAUCCUAGCAAUUAUAAUAACACUGUGCUGCAUCUUCAAAUGUCGAAUUCCACGAACGAAAAAAGAGAUAGAGGCUCGGCACGUACAAAGACAAGCCGCGAAAACAUAUGCCAACACACUGGAGACGGUGCCCCCCCUCAACGAACUCACAGAGAUGCCGGGAGCUCUUGCGGAAGCGUCAGCUCUGCAGACAGUCUCUGAUCAGGUACAGGCUCGCGGUAGUGGACAACUUCCUGUGGUCAGGGAAGAAGAUGAACCCGCCAAUCCAGUCACUUAGAGCGAUGCGCUCAAGCUCUCCUGUUCUUUCUGCCUGCCUGUCCUCAGCCUGCACUCCUGGAUGCCUUAGUGUAGAAAAGACCAUCAAGACAUAUUAUCAUCAUCAUAUUUAUGAUGAAACUGGUGAAAUAUGCUGCUCGCAGUGUCUUUGAGGCUGUUUUGCCUGCGAUUAGAAUCUGUUGUCAGUAGGUGUAAGUGAAAGAUGCAAGUGUAAAUGUAAGCGAAUCCUUACAAAAUUCAGCCUUAGGUGCAUCUUAGAAAAUAUAAAGUAAUUAAUGAGUAAAAAGCACAUAUCUUUACAUUUUCAUACUCUUUUUCUGUCUUCUAAAGUCAACCUGGAAUCAGAACUGACCCCAUUUACUUUCCUA